CAGGACCCGGGGCUGGCGCGCAGGCGCAGUUCUCACCGUGUUGGUCGAUGAGAGUCGGAGCGAGAAGCUGGUAGCAGUUGUCCCCGUUGGCCUCGCUUAGGAUGGCUCUUCCCACGGGCCAUGCGUCGCUGACCGGCAGCCAGUGUUAGGAUACAGCGUCGCGGCUGGCGCCUUGGACGCGGAGCUCUCACCCGGGUGUUGCUGCUAGGUGGAGAGGGGCUGCCGCUGUAACCAAGCGACUGACAGCAGGCCCCGGGCUCUACCGGACUUGUGGCUGGCGAGACGGUUACUACAGGCCCCGCCUGCCUGGAGAAUGGGAAUCAUAUUCACCAAACUGUGGAGACUCUUCAACCACCAAGAGCAUAAAGUGAUUAUCGUUGGGUUAGACAAUGCUGGGAAGACAACGAUUCUUUACCAGUUCUCAAUGAAUGAAGUUGUACACACUUCACCUACAAUUGGGAGUAAUGUAGAAGAAAUAGUAGUGAACAACACACAUUUUCUAAUGUGGGAUAUUGGAGGUCAGGAGUCAUUACGUUCAUCAUGGAACACCUACUAUACCAACACAGAGUUUGUGAUCGUGGUUGUAGACAGUAUGGACAGGGAGAGGAUAGCUAUAACCAGAGAUGAACUCUACAAAAUGUUGGCACAUGAGGAUCUGAAGAGAGCAGGACUGUUGAUCUUUGCAAACAAACAAGAUAUUAAAGAAUGCAUGACGGUAGCUGAAAUCUCUCAGUACCUUAAGUUGACCUCAAUUAAAGAUCAUCAAUGGCACAUCCAAGCUUGUUGUGCUCUGACAGGCGAAGGGUUAUGUCAAGGAUUAGAAUGGAUGACAUCACGACUUAAGGUCAGAUGACCUCCACAGAUCAGGAUGCAUGGACCAUUAAAAUCUGAACUGUAUAAAUCUUCCAGCGGUAACAGCUCCAUGCUUGCUGGAUUUAUUGGUAUUUAUUUUUAAGACUGAAUAAAGUUUACUACUUUCGCACUUGCUACAAGUACAUGUUUGGAAAGACUUUCCUAAGGAUCAAGAUUGAGUUGAAGACUCUGACUUCAGUUGAUCAUUUGUAGCUUUUCUUUUAAAGAUGGCUGUGAUUAAUUGACUUUUUUUUCUUUGGAACCAGCACAUUCUGCUCAGGGUAGAGUUUUAUAGUAUUUGGUAAGUAUUUGGAGGGGGAGAAAAGUGAUUUGUAUUCCAGCAUUAUCAACUUAAUUGCUCAUCACUUUUUAUUUAAUAAAAUAAGCUAUAAUCUCAAUGGAACAGUGUUACACUAUUUAUAGCUGAAAACACCAUGUUCUGACUGAGCUACCAGUUGCUGUUUAAGUCUGGUUACGGUUGAUAUCGCUGUGCUCUGAGGAAACUCAAAUAUUAUAGCCAUUUUUCUUCGUUUUUAGAGUGAACAGCAAGCUGUAUGUUUUAUAUAAAAUUGUCUAAUCUGCAAAAAAUUGCUUUUGAGUAUGUUGCAUGCACAAGGUAGAUUGGUACUAAAAUUCACUAAAAAUAUAAUCGACAUUCUACUGGGAAGCAGGUGGAAAAAUAUUUGUUUUGAAUUGUAUUCAAGGUUUUCCAUUUAAACACUAACAUCUCCGCACACAUUCUUUCUUAAGUAAAGUUAUUAUGGACAAAUUGGAAAGAUGUUUUAAUAUAAUUGUACGGUGUCUUUAUUGUGAAUAUUAACAUUUCAGCACAAUGAGACUGGUUGUUUCAGCAGCAGCUGGAAAACACUACCAACUUGUAAAUCUCAUUCUGCUAUACCACCAUCAGAAAGUAGUUGUGUUUUUAGGAUUUGGAACAAAAACUCUUCCUUUUAAUCUGAUGGGGGUUGAACUUAUCUUGCAGGUUUGGGCUAAUUGAAGAAUGUCAUCAUACAGUGAAGUUAGAGUAUUGUUUUAGUGUGUUUUCAACAUGGCAUUAUUUGAACUGUCAGGAAAUGAUUUAAACAACAUUGAUUUGGAGACUAUAUCAUUUGGGUCCUAAUUUUAAAUAAUUGCAGUACAGUUAUUUAAGUUUUGUCAUAUCAGCCUGACAUGAAACAACUGUGUGUGAAAUAAGAGUUAAAGUUUUACUUCCUUUAGAGACUGGGAUUUGUGGGUGAUGUGAUCCGUAGUGAAGGCAUACUUGAAGAUUAUGAGUUCUAUCAUUUCAAAUUACUUAUGCCAAUGGACGUUUUUUUAGAUAGGUGGGGCCAAAGUGAAGAGAAAUCCCAAACUACUCAAUCCAGAAUGUUGAUCUUUUUGAGAAUACUGUGAUGCAUUCUUAUUGAGUGAAAGACAUUGUAUUAAACUCCAUGGGGGAAAUGUCAUUUCUGAUGUAUAUAAUUGUGUGCAAUGGUGGCCCUCACUCAAACAACCCCAAGGAAGUUGAUAAUGCAAUUGGUAUUCUUUUUGAGGAAAAAAUACUGCUUGUGCAAACAUUCAACUUCAGUACUAGAACAAAUUGAAAAUGCAAGAAGCACCAAAUGCACUUGGAUAUAAAUGGCUGUACUAGAGGUUUAUAUAUUCUUCCCCAUGUGAUCAAUGCACAUUUCAUGAAGUGAAAAUGUUCUAGACUGGUAAAUUGACACAAUGUGAAAUGACCAGCUUUCCUUUGCUUCCUGUAAAUUACUGAAUUAUGAUUCAUAGCAUAUCUCUCCUAGUUCAAGUUUGCGCAGGAUGAAACUUUUUAAUUUUUGCAACAAUACACAUUAUGAAAUAAAUUUAUGUAUAUUGUGA